AUGUUCCGAGACUUUGGGGAACCCGGACCUAGCGCCGGGCCGAGCGGCGCGUACGGCGGCCCAGCGCACAAUCCCAGCGCGGUGCAAGCGGCAGUCCAGCAGAAGUUCCAUCUCGUACCAAGCCUCAACACUGUGAGUGGCAGUCAGGAGCUGCAGUGGAUGGUGCAGCCUCACUUCCUGGGGCCCAGCAGCUACCCCAGGCCUCUGGGCUAUCCUCACUUCAGUGCCCCACCGCCCAGACCAGGAGUCAUCAGGGCCCUGGGGCCACCUCCAGGAGUACGGCGCCGACCCUGUGACCAGAUCAGCCCUGAGGAGGAGGAGCGCCGCCGAGUGAGACGCGAGCGGAACAAGCUCGCCGCCGCCAAGUGCAGAAACCGGAGGAAGGAACUGACCGACUUCCUGCAAGCUGAGACCGACAAACUGGAAGAUGAGAAGUCGGGGCUGCAGCGAGAGAUUGAGGAGCUACAGAAGCAGAAGGAACGCCUGGAGCUCGUGCUGGAAGCCCACCGCCCCAUCUGCAAAAUCCCUGAACAGGCCGAGGAGAGCAGCCCUGAGGACCCAAGGGGUACAGACAGUCCGCCAGUCUCCUCCCACCCAGUGCCUUGUAUCUCCCUGUCCCCGGGGACUGUGCUUGAACCCGAGGCACUGCAUACCCCCACACUCAUGACCACGCCCUCUCUGACCCCAUUCACGCCGAGCCUGGUCUUCACCUACCCCAGCACUCCUGAGCCCUGUUCAUCUGCUCAUCGCAGGAGUAGCAGUAGCAGCGGGGACCCUUCCUCUGACCCACUUGGCUCCCCCACCCUCCUUGCUUUGUGA